CUGUCAGCGACUCUCACGUCAGCUGGACCAAGGACUUAGGCCACGACAAUAUGGUCAAGGAAGCUGAGUACUCGUGUCCUCUCAGCAAGGAUACCAAGGAUCUCGCAGCCAAGGAGCUGAGAGAGGACGAGGCGACGAGAGACAAUGCUUUGCAGCACAUGAAGAAGUGGGUCCAGGACAACCCAAAGAUUGAGUACUGCAGAACAGAUCCCUGUUAUCUACUGAGGUUCUUGAGAGCAAAGAAGUUCAGCUUGCCCAUGGCUCAAGAGGCUAUGGAGAGAUACCUUCUACUCAGGCAAACCUAUGACUUCGCCUUCCAAAACAUGGACUGUCUACUGCCAAACAUGGAAACACUCUUCAGUUUAGGCUACAUAUUUGCAGCCCCUGGAAGAGACAAGUUAGGACGUCGCUGGAUCAUUGCUAGACCAGGUGUUUUUGACCCACACAAGUUCACCAACGCGGACAUGUGUCGUAUCCACGGCAUCACGUACGAGGCGUUGAUGGAAGAUGAGGAAUCGCAGGUCCGAGGGUUCGUACACUUCGCUGACGGAGCUGGAGUCACAUUUCCCCAUCUGACGCUGUUCACACCAAAGGAGGCAGUGCGCAUCGUGAAAAACGGAGAAAGAACAUUGCCAAUGAGACACAAAGAAGUUUACGGAAUCAACGUCCACCCUUCAGUUAAAUACGCUCUCGACUGGGGUAUGGGGCUUAUUACUGAGAAGAUUAAAAAACGUGUUAAGAUCUUUACAAAUCUGGAGGAAGCAAAGAAAAAUAUGGACACUUCAAUGCUUCCCAAAGAAUAUGGAGGCUCAAUGCCAAUGGAGGAAAUGAUAGCUCUGUGGAAAGAAGAACUUUUAGCAUCUCGAGAUCGCAUUUUGGGCCAUGAUAAGAUGAAAGUUCGAUUAGAACUUUUCAGUGAAGGAGCGAGGGCUGGAGCAGUAUCGGCUCUCCGUAACAACAGUUGUGGACCUCAAAGUGAUAUCUUGGCUGGAAGCUUCCGUAAACUACAAGUGGACUAACGAUAUCAACUCAGCGCCUUGUUCUUCUGUAGAUAACAUGUAUAGUUAACUGUAUACCUUAAACUGUUAAGUAACUUGUGCUUUAAAAACAACUGUUCCUGUAGUUUGAAAGAAAUGCGGACAAUAAGUGUACAUUUUAAAAUUUUUUAAAUUAGUUAAAUAUUAUUCCUAAACAGAGUACUGAUGAAAAAUUAAAUUGAAACUGAAUUCUUAUAAAAUUGGGAUACUCACGGAGUUUGUUUAUUAUGAAAAAGUAUUUUUAAGACACACUUUUAUCAACUUACUUUAUUUUUAGUACCUGGGACCGAGCUUUGCUCGAGGAAAAUCGUUAGUUUACUCUGAAAGCAGUCUUAGGAUUGCAGAUACAUUAAUCCAUUCCCAUAAUUGAUAUCGUAAGAUCUAACAAAAAAAACUAUAAAACCACAAUAUGUUUGUGUAAAAAAUAUUGGUCUAAAUACUACUCAAAAAUAACUUAAGGCCUACACCUUGAAAUUACUUUGUAUUAAUCCCUGAGCAUAUUUACAAAAUACUACCUUAUGAAAAAGUUAAUUUAAAUACUGAAUAUUUUGAAUAUUUUGUUUACAGUAUUUUCAAUUGGUAUGUGUUCAAUUUGAGGAUUACUCAGAAGAGCAUGCAAAUAAAGGCGGGCUAAUUUUUUAGAUUCUUUCCGCUUUAUAUAUGGUGUUUCCAAAAGUUGUAUUUCAAAUGUUAGAAUUAGAAUACUUUAAUGUGAUCCAAGGUUGCACAGUAGUAUUAGAAUUAAUUGUUAGAUUAGUCUUUUUUACUUUUGUACACAAUACUUUAGUUUAGGAAAAUGGAUAGAUGGGGGUGAUGGAUCGAUUUGUCGUUGGUUUUGGAGUGUAGGGUUUUAGAAGAGAUCAGUAGAUUUAGAGAGUCUUCUGAUGGAGCACUUUCUGUAGUUGGGCAAAUGUUUGCAAUUUAUUAAAAUAAACUGCUUACUUUUUUAAUAACUUAUUCCAUGUACAAAACAACAAACAAUGUGUAUAAACAUCAAAUGAUAACCAAAAAAACAGUUUUUUUUUUAAAUUGAGUAGGUUUUUCUUUUUUUACACA